AACAAAUUUUGUGUACGAUAAAUAACUAUUAGAUUCCCUCUCUCUUAUCUCUUGUUCUUAUUCUAAACUUUCUCUUUCCAUUAAGAACCAAAUAAACCCAUAUAUAUAUAUAUAUAUAUAUAGCAAACUCGAAGAAGAAUACAUCAAAGCAAAGCAAAGCAAAAGCAAAGCCAAUGGCAGUUGAAGCUCGGCGUAUGGAUAUUUUGCCUCCUCGGUUAAUCGCCAACAGCAGAGAUUUUAUCAAAACAAAUCAAGGGAUGGGCAAUCUAUACAAUACCCAGAUGGAUUCUUGUGUUCCUCUGGUUGAUUCAAUGCAACCAUUAUAUCAAUCCCUCGUCUGUGAUCCAAAUAUCUCAGCCAAAACUUCAAUCAACAAAGCCGAUAGUGGUCUUACUUUCAACAUGAAUAUCCCAGUUUCAUCUCCAAGAAAAAGGUCUAGAGAUUCCUUCAACAAUGGCUUCGAUUCAUACUCGAUCCCUCAAAAGAACAAACUUUCUGAUGUCUUCUCCCAGAUCCAACAACAACAACAAGAUAUUGACUGUUUUAUUUCUGAUCAUACGGAAAAAGUGAGGAUGGAGCUUGAAGAGAGAAGAAAGAGCCAGUCAAGAAUGUUGAUUACAGCAAUCCAAGAAGGGGUGAUGAAGAAACUGAGGGAGAAAGACGAAGAGAUACAAAGAAUCGGGAAACUAAACUGGGUUCUUCAAGAAAGGGUUAAAAGCCUGUACGUAGAGAACCAGCUGUGGAGAGACUUGGCACAAACGAACGAAGCGACGGCCAAUUCCCUACGCAGCAAUUUAGAACAAGUCCUGGCACACAUGGGAGGUGCGGCGUUGGAAGAUGACGCGGAGUCUAGCUGUGGCAGCUGCGACAACGGAUGGCGAAAGGUUGUGGUGAUGGCGGCGGAGGAUAAGGCGGUGGUUGUUGGGAAUGGGGACCAUAAGUGCAGAAAGUGUGGGGAGAAAGAGUCAAGUGUACUGUUGCUGCCAUGCAGACAUCUAUGUCUAUGUACAAUGUGUGGGUCCACUAUCGCAGGCACUUGCCCUGUUUGUCUCUCUGUUGCCAAUGCCAGUCUGCAUGUUAACAUGUCGUGAUAAACUUUCUUUCCUCUU